ACAUGACCCUGAUCCAUAGUGGCGCUGCGCUCUGGCGCCCACCAGGGGGCGAUAAAGACAGUCUAGAACAACAACAACAAAUCAACGUCACUUCCGGUGCCAUCACAUAUGAUAAAGCGUUUGGAAACUGAAACUGUUGAAAGCUGUGACGAAUGUGAUGAGAUGGCUUGAACGAGUAGCAGACAACCACAUAAACAGAGAAAUCUAGAGACGGAGAAGUCAUGGCCUGUGCCCGAGUGCCACUGGAUGAGCAGCAGGUGACCGAGCCAGGCCCGCUUGGAAAAGAGCACACACUGCCUGCACUGCACCCAGCCAGGAAGGAGGAGCGCUGUUUUGUGCCUUACAAAUCCCCACCAGAAGACAGCUCUCCUGCUGAGGUGGAGGAGUUUUUGGAACAUGCCAAAUUCAUCACAGAGGACCUGGAGUGGCUGCUCGCACUGCCCCAUGACAAGUUCUGGUGUCAGGUGGUGUUUGAUGAGUCUCUGCAGAGAUGUCUAGAUUCAUACCUGCAUCAGGCUCCUCGCGGCCUUGACCUCGCCACCCUGCCCUCCUCCCCGGCAGUAGCCGACAUGCAGCGUUCUGUCCACAAGGCGGUCUUCUUGACCUUCCUCAGGAUGGCCACACAUAAAGAGUCCAAGGAGAACUUCCUCACCCCGGCUGUGUUUGGAGAAAUUAUCUAUGAGAACUUCCUGUUUGACAUUCCCAAAAUCCUGGAUUUGUGUGUGCUCUUUGGAAAGGGCAACAGCCAGCUGCUGCACAAGAUGAUAGAGAACAUCUUCACCCAGCAGCCGUCUUACUACAGCGACCUGGACGAGACGGUGCCCACUGUGUUACAGGUGUUCGACACCAUCCUGGAUAAGUGUGGCCUCCACUGUGAGGGAGCCACCGCCAUGGAGCCCAUGAAGCUAAACGCACACAAACAGCCCACUGCCAUGACCAUGAGCCAGCAGGAUCUUUCAGAUCUUAUUCUGUACCUGUGUGACUCGACCACCACCAUCCAUGCCUUCCUGGACAUCUUCCCUGCCGCCUGCUCCAGCUUCCACUCCCACGGCUUCCUCAGCAGACUGACCUCGUUUUAUGAGACCGCUGUGCCUGACCUCGAGAAGGCGGUGAGGAAGAGAAACUUUGAUGAUAAAGGUCUUCAGGAGGACUUGUGGAAGAGGUUGUCCCACUCCUGUCGUAAGAUAGUGGAGAUGGUUCACCUGCUGCUGCAUCACACCUGCCUACAGCCGAUCCUGGAGGGGGGAGAAAACAUACAAACGUUUGCAGAGGAGCUCCUACAACAUUUCACAUCUAUUUUACCUGAGAAAAGGUUCUUGUCAGACUAUGAUGAGCAGUUCCCCAUCGCAGACGACAUCAGCCUCCUACAACAGGCCCUCCCUGUCAUUGAUGAGACCAGGACGUCCUACCUGCUGCAGGGGGUGGAGAGUGCCUGGGACUUUGUUGGGCGACGGAAACCACACAGCCAGAUUCAACAUGAGGGAGCAGCGGGUGGUGCUGCUGCUGGCGCCUCCUCAGCUGGAUUUACUUUUCAGGAGGCUCGAGAGCAAGAAGAACGGGGAGGAGAGAGCCUGAGCGGAGCAGAGGCCAUGUUGGAUGUUCCCCGGAAAGGAAACAAUGGUGCGGUGUGUCCUGUGAGCGAGGCAGAGCUGGAAUCUCUGCUGUCAUGUAUCAGGGACCUGCUGCCUGAUUUGGGCGAAGGCUUCCUGCUGGCCUGCCUGCAGGAGUACGGCUACAACUCUGAGCUGGUCAUCAACAACAUCCUGGAGGACCGGCUGGCCCCCAACCUGGACAAACUGGACCGAGCCAUGCCAAGGCCAGUGAAGGAGAAGCUUCCAGAUGUUCUGCACACCAGAUCCAACGUGUUUGAUGAUGAUGAGUUUGACAUCUUCCGCAGGGACCAGGUGGACAUGUCCCGCAUCUGGAAGGGCAGGAGGAAAGGUGAGAGCACUCGAGAGAUGCUGAAUGACAAGCAGCACAUAGCAGAGCAGAAAGCUCGUUAUCAGGCCUACGAGACGGUGGUGGAUGAGGUCGUCAUUGAACCUGGUGAAAGUGCAGAAGCCUACGGCCUGGACGACUAUGACGACGAGUACGAUGACACCUACGACAUGAGCCAAGUGGGAGCGAAUGACCUGGAUGGAGACAGUUUACUGAACAGAAGACCUUUCACAGUCCCACAGGUACUGAGAAAAGGAAACAAACCAGAAUUGGAGGAGGAGGAUGAAGAUGAGGAGGAAGACACACUUCAGAACAAUGUGAACAAGGACCAGUUUGUGCAGGACCCGGCUCUGCUGAGAGAGAGGGCUGAGGCCAGGAGAGCUGCCAUGCAACAAAGGAAAGGUUUCCGACCAGAGCGUUCCAGUAACGUGGUGGGCCAACCCAAAGGCCAAGGACAAACCCUGGAGACAUACCUGGACCGACGCAAGAAGGAGGCCAACAAGAGCCGAGGGGCAAACCACAACCGCCGAACCAUGGCUGAUCGCAAGAGGAACAAAGGCAUGAUCCCCUCCUGACCGGCGUGACGGCCUGCUGCUCGAACCAAAACAGACUGAUGGUAGGAGGGAGGGACGGCAGGAAGGUAGCUGAGGUGUGCGUCAGUGGAGGGAGAGAAAAACUGGGGCUUGUGACAGGUGUCGUUCUGGGUUAAACUUUGUGCCCAGAUUUGUCCCCACGAUCACACCUCAGCCCCGAAGUCGCCGUCUUUGCUCGAAGGAAAAGCUACGGAAGGUUUUCAGUUGGUUGAAAGUUGCAUUAGUUUAAUGACUUAUCAGAAGUUGCCAAGCAGCUUGUUGACAUGUCGAAACUGAACAUCAUCUUUUAGUGUUUGAGCCUAAAGGACGUUCAGCCCUUUGGCCCAAAUAGUUUUCUUUUAUAGCUCAUUAUAAAACCAAAGUCCUGAGUGUGAGCCAGAGACCGAGGACAAAGAAUAAGACAUUUAUUUUUGCCAAGUAACAAAUCAGUUUAUUAAUAAGAUUCAGAGUGAUUGAAUGAAGUUUCUUUGACAUCAUCAUCAUCAUCAAAUAGACAACAUAGGAAUAAAAGGAAGCGACAUCCAGGGUUUUGGAGAAACUGUGGUUUCUUCUGUAGCUGGAAGAACAAUUACUGACCUGGUGAUCAAGUCUGGACAUCAGUGGCACACUGUGUUGCUCCUUGUACUCAUCGUCUACGAGAAGCUUGUGUUAAAGCUUGUUGCAUGUAGCGUUCAAGUGCAUGCAUGCAAUGUCAUCCACCCAGUUCACACCACUUUUGUCCAGCCUUCGUAAAAACAAAAGAAGUUUCUAGAAAAAGAACUCAACUCAUAAUGAUGCUGUUGUGUUUGGAAGCACGUGCUGUACAGAGGCGCCUCACCUCUCUCACACUAACUGUGGGGAAACCUCCGACAUGUUGCCAUGCACAGACUAUUUUCUAUGAAGAGAACAGAUCUAUCAGAGCAUUUUGUAACAAAAAAAGCACAUUUAAUUGCUUUUUGAAGUUGACAUUACAAAAAAGAAACAUAAAAUAAAUACUAUAAUUCUAUGUUUUUGACAUCUUUUUUUUGAGUUUGAGUCAUCAGACUAACUGCUUUUUCCUUUCACAGUAGAGGGUGUUUGAGACAUCACUGGAGAUGCCUCAGAGUACAGCUGCACAGUUAGGGCUGACAGUAUGAUAAGUUAUUUGGUAAGUGAACUGUUUUACUCUGCUAGAACAGUUUUUGGCCUCCAAUUUCAAACUAAUUUACAAUUUUAAUAUUUUAAAUUGUAUCCAAAGGAAUGGUGCGACAUUUAGAGAAACAUGCGAUCUUUCUUUCUUGAUUAAAGUAAAGUGAGAAGAUCGAUUCCUCUGAUGUCUGUACAUAAAGUAUGAAGCUGCAACCAGUUAAGGAAUACUUCAACCCUCAGAUCUGUGCCGUAAAUCAGUUACUCACUCUGUCUCCUGUUGAAUUUGUAAAGAAAACAUUUUUCCUUGGAUGCCUUCAUGAUGAACGAAGAAUCCAAAAACGGAGAAAAUUCUUGAAGUAAGGCGACCGCAUUUACCAACAAACCUAGAUCAAAACAUUUAUUAAACUGUCACACAACUCGUGCUGUAUAAUCCAAGUCUCAUUUAUGCAGGCCUAUGUUAAGCACUUCCCAAACACGUGUUUUCGCUAAAAUUUAGCAAAAAUGCAUGUGUUUUGGAAGACAAUUGAGACUUGGAUUAUACUGCAUUAGUUGUGUGACAGUUUGUAAACAAAUGUUUUGAUGUCGUUUUGUUGUUGUUAAAUGCGACUCCCCUUUACUCCGAUUCAUCAAGAAUUUUCUCCAGUUUUUGGAUUCUUCGUUCACUGUGGAGGCAUGCAAGAGGAAUGUUUUCCUCAUGAAUUCAAGGUAACGUGGUGAGUAAUGGGUAAACAAAUUAUCAUUUUGUGGGUGAAGUUUAUCUUAAGCUUAGCAUAAAGACUGGAAAUGGGGAAACAGCUAGCCUGGCUAUGUCCAAAGGUUACCAAAAUCUACCUAGCAGCACCUCUAAAGCCACUAAUUAAUGUGCUGUAUCUUGUUUGUUUAAUCUUAAGCGUAAAGGACCAGUUGUAGAUGAAGGUUGCCAAUCAGCGGAGAGAAGCUGCUGUUCCCGACAAAGAAAUAACGCAUCACCCUUAAAACCACAACUGGUCAAUGUUACACUUUGAUUUCUGUACAGAUUAAACAAAGAGAAAUGGCAAAUUAAUAAACUUUAGAGGUGCUGGUUGGCAGCUUGAGUUUUCAAACUGUUUCCCCGUUUCCAGUCUAAGUUAAGUUGUGCUCGUCGGCUGCUGACUGUAGCUUCAUACUUACUGAACAGGCAUCAAACUCUUAACAAGAAAGUGAAUAAGCGCAUUUCUCAAAAUGCUGAACUAUUCCGUAAAAUGAAAAAUAAGCACUGAAAUUAGGCAGGUGCUUUUCUUUACACAAUUAUCACUGCCAUAGAGCCAAGUGGUUUAAUACAAAAUUGUAAUGAACUACGUUAUUACCUGUGCAGCCGUACGUCAGUGAGAGGACUCGUUUUUUACAUGAUGUAUGAGAUGACCUUCUGUUGGACCAGUUCUUUGUUUCUAACUUCUUCACACAGACCUUCUUAAAAGAGAAAAGCAGAUAAAUAAUAUAAUCAAAGAAGAGUGAAAAUCCAACUGAACAGUGGCCACGAACUCUACAAUAUGUUUACCUACCUACCUGUUUAACAUCUCUAUCACUAAUAGUUUAUAACGGUGUAACUAAAUCAGCUACUGUAACGUACACAACGUAAGUAGAAUUUAAGAGGUGUGUUUGUGGUUUCCUUCACUCUGUAGUUAAGUCAUAAGGCAUGUUAAGGACAAGUGCAAACACUUUCCACGUCUGCUACCACCUGGUUACUUCGGGACUACAACUACAAAACCUCAACAACUAACAUUUAAUACCAAAGUAUGAGUUUGGACACUAUGUUUAAACUCUCACUUGAUAAGUUGGUUAUUGACAUCAUUUGGCCCUAAAGUUAACUUUGACACCAGCCAGUCGAUCAGUUUCUUCCUGCGUAAAUCCAUAAAGCAUUGAACGUCCAUGCAGGAACAACGGACCCACGAGUACUUGCUGAGAUUAUCAGUGUUUACUCAUUGAAAGCCAAAUGUCUUGUUGCUCAGCUGUUUGCAGAAACAGAGCAGAAGGUGUUUGUGUUAAGAGUCACAUUGAGCACAAACACCCUCAUGAGUCACAUCUUCACUGCUGUAGAUUACACAUACAAAUACUUCCACAAUUGUACAGUAACAUGAUCCCAGGAAGAAGUACUGUUUACACACAACAGUACCAGUACAGUACUUCAUAGUAUUGUGUUUACAUUACCACUGUAUCUCUCUGAGACUUGUUGCACCCACCCGAAGGUCAAAUGUCAAAAUCUGACUGCUCCACAGUCUAGACGGCCGGCUAGCUGCUGUGAUGAGUUUAUAUUUGCUCCCACAAUCCAUUGCUGGAAGGAGGAAGCGGCGAGGUCAGUAAAAAUAAAAA